GGCUAGCUCUAACUAGCUACAGUAGUGCUAGAGGGCUUGCUUGCUUUCUCAAGUGUAUCCCUGGCCUUGACAGCUUUCGGCAGUUUCAGAAAAUAAUGGCUUUCUUUGGAAUAACAAAUUUGGGGUAUCAAAAUCCCAUUAGGCAUAAGAUGUUAGUGAAUCCUAGAACGACUGCUUCCCAUGAUGAUGAGGUUGAUUCAAGGGUCUGGGCAAAACAAGUAGGACCGCCCCCAACUCAAAUCCAGAGGGAAUCCUAUAAAUGCACUGAUAUAUGCACCAUCUACAAUCAGCCUUCUCCCUAUAGCCAAGACAUUCAUCGUGGAAGCCAGGAGCGAUACAGAGAGAUGCUUAGGCGCAUACAGACACCAAGAUCCCCAAACCAGUUGUACUCAGUGCCAGUGACAGACAACCAGCAAUAUGGGUGGUGGAACUCUAACGAUGGCCAAGGAAGGAUGCAGGAAUCCUGGGCACAUGUUAAACGAUUCCCUCGAAAGAACAGCGAGAUGACCAAGUUUGUGAAAGAGAUGUCAAUGACGGACCGGGAGUUCAGCUUAUACUAACACACAUAUGCACACAAACACACACUCAUACACAUAAGCAGAUGCAAUCAUUUGUUUCUGAUAAUUAAACUAAAAAGUUAUAAGAAAUACUCAGGUUUUAUUAUUAUGUUUUACCAUAUCAAAAAAAAUAUUCAGUAUAUUGUACUUACUGUAUAUGUAACUCAAUUAUUUUCCAACUAUGCUGUUGGCUGCCUGUAGAGAUAUGAAAUGGUAAUACUAACUUUGUGACCCAUCAACCCGAUGAUAGUUCCAAUACUUUCUUGGCAGUAAGACUGAAAGGCCUGUAGAGCUUAAACAGGUGUGUGGUGUUGUGUGUGUUUAAGUUCACUCUAUAAAGACUGAUCUCCAUCUUAUUUCAGACACUGCACCAAUAGGCUGCAAAUACUAGAAGAGUUACUGUUGUAAGUGGUCUAUAUGAAUGUUAAGAGAAUAAAAACGAAACUUUGCUUAAUGCAAUUUGUGUGAUAAGAUGAAAUGUAACUUAUAAUACACUUGAAUGAGACCAAGAUAUCCCUGUGUAAAUGUAAUAAUAUAUGACAAAACAGCUCCAGGCAGGUAGGCUGUCACCUGUUACAGGGUUAUUGAGUGAGCCAUUCAGCACACACACCAAUCUCACUGAAAGGUUUAAAAGAUUUAGAGGAUUCAGCUGUAACCAGACGUCUGGACCUGCACCGCAACAGUAUCAGCUUUACAGUGUACAUGAAAAACAAACAAAAAGGACACCGUGACAAUGAUUCAGCAUGAUACCGGCUACCUACAUGGCAACAGAUUGCUAUUGACUAGUAUUGCUGUGUUAAUAAUCCAUAAUACAUGUUAUUAAUCAGAUAUUAAUACUAAACCAACUAAUAUUACCACAAAAAUACAAUCAAACAGCCAUUGAUCUUUUAUUUUUCAAGGGGAAAUGUCAUGUUUCUCUUUGUCAUAGUCCUCAACUUUUCAUAUACUUCAACAGUCCCCUUUUAAAAUCUUUCAACAGGUAAAAUACAAACAAAUAAAAAUAAUAGGAUAGGAUUCAUCUGGCCUGAGCAGAACACUUUCUGUAGUUCUAGAACAACUCUCCUCUGUUCCCAGAAACACCCCUAGAGUCAGCCAUCUACCCAACUCCAAAGACAGAACAGGAAAUAGAAUCAAUACAAUGCACAUUGUCAUGAAAAAACAUGUUCAUUCUAAGAUUUUGUUUAACUAUGUGAAUUGCUCUUCAUUGGUCAUAUCUCUGACCAUCACCCAUGACUGUUCCCUGGCGUUCCCAAUAGCACAAGGCUGCAUGAGCUGGCUUUGGUACAAACAUGAUCAACUGUAAGUUGCCACUGUCAACCAGGGUACUGGAUGACAAGUUGCUUCUGACUGGGGAUGUUGACAGGUGGUGGGAGAAGGUUUGAACUGAUUUCACAAACCACCUUCUCUCCUUCAUGUCUUUCUUACUGUCUGGCUGAUCAGAGGAUCAGGCAUUGCUCCUUUUCCUGCUGUGUGAUUUGUUCUAUUAAGGCAAUCAAAUCAUAAAGCAGGGAUUUUUUUUCCAGUCCCCUUUAAGCACUGAAUGGAAUACAGAACAAUCAGGCAUUUCAUGAUUGUAUUCUUUCCAGUCCAGUUCUCAUAGUAGGAGACUACCGUAGAGGUAUCAAUGCUCGGUAUCUCAGGAUAGGUGUGAACCCUGAAAAGGAAGGCAUCAACACCUACCUGACUGAGAUGUGUAAUACUGCAGCUGUGUGUUCUGGGUAAACGGUACUGUGGGUAAUCUGUAUACUGCAUGUGUUAACUGGUCACUUAAUGGCAAGGAGACAGAAGAGGGCUUGGCUGCAGUUGAUCAGUUGGUACCAAUGAGCUUGAGCUUAGGUCUGGCAUUUUACAUGAAAGCGUGCUGGUCUUUGUUCCUUAUCAUUGGAAUGGAAUCAUUAUAAUCAGCAUAUUAAUUAACCAGAAUCAGAAUAAUAAUAACAACUAUAAGAAUAUACAAAUGAUGGAUACAGAGGUCAUACAAAAUACCCAACGUUAAAACAAACAAACAUAAA